CGGAGUCCGUGGACGAAAUGGCGGCGUCUGAGGAGCACAAUUCUCCGACUGAAGCGCCCCAGCCAGCGGUGGAGGACGAGGAAACGAAAACUUUUAAAGACCUGGGUGUGACAGAUGUGUUGUGUGAAGCCUGUGACCAGUUGGGAUGGACGAAGCCCACCAAGAUCCAGAUUGAAGCUAUUCCUUUGGCUUUACAAGGUCGUGAUAUCAUUGGGCUGGCAGAAACGGGCUCUGGAAAAACGGGGGCUUUUGCUUUGCCCAUUCUGAACGCCUUGCUAGAGACGCCCCAGCGUUUGUUUGCCCUAGUUCUCACCCCCACUCGGGAGUUGGCCUUUCAGAUCUCAGAGCAGUUUGAAGCUCUGGGGUCCUCUAUUGGAGUACAAAGUGGUAAGUGUCUGAGAGGAAAGGCGUCUUAGAGAACGGAGGAACAUAUUGUUAGGAUAAGGUCGUGGAGCUAAAGAACUGAUCUGGUUUUUUAGCUUUGGGGGUAGUCUUAAUUCUAAGGGAAGAGUGAAUUUAAGCAGAGAUCUAGCAUUGGUUUUAAAAGAUGUUCAGUGGUCUAGGGGAAGAAAGGAUCUCUUUUUUAUGUUGUUUUUAUUCCUGUAGCCGUGAUUGUAGGUGGAAUUGAUUCAAUGUCCCAAUCUCUGGCCCUGGCGAAAAAACCACAUAUAGUGAUAGGUGAGUAAUUGACAAGGGUAAAACAUGCUGGCAGUGAUGAAUUGGAGAAAAUCUAUCAAUGCUGG